AUGGACAACUUUACCGAUGACCUCCUCUUCAACGCCGUCCAGACCGACGACGAUGCCGGCGGAAGCACACACACCGAUGCCGAUGCGCAGAAUAUCUCCUCGCCUGAGCAGGUGAAGAAGGAGAAGACCAAGGGACGCAGAUGGCGCGGUCUGUCUGCGCUGUCGGCUUCAGCCAACAUGCAAGACAAAAUGCUCGAAAAGCUCCUCUCCUCCAUGAUGCCGACUGAUCUUGCGCCCGGCGGCGAGAUCCAGAACACACCCAUCCCUACCGAUUCCUUCAGCAGCUAUGAAGCAUCGCGCCCGCCCUUCACCCUGCCUACCAUGUCAAACAACUUCCGCCGCUUCAACGCCCGCAUCGGUGUCGUCUUCAAGUUUCAAUCGCGCGCUAUUAAACUGCUCUCCUGGCGCCGCCCGAGCCAUACCCUCUCAUUCCUCGCGGUCUACACCCUGGUCUGCCUCGAUCCGUACCUGCUCACCGUCCUGCCCAUGGCCCUGCUGCUCGUGGGCGUCUUCAUCCCAUCCUUUAUGGCCAGGCACCCGCCCGAGGUCCGCGAGCUAGGCUACAGCCCACAUGGCCCACCGCGGGCACCGGCCAGGACGGUCAAGCCAGUCAAAGAGCUCAGCCGUGACUUCUUCAAGAACAUGCGUGACCUGCAGAACAGCAUGGAGGACUUCUCGCGCGGCCACGACCGGAUCGUCACGGGGCUCGUGCCCAAGACCAAUUUCAGCGACGAGGCCCUCAGCUCCGCCCUCUUCGUGGGCCUCUUCGCCCUCACCCUCUUCAUGACCAUCGCCUCGCACCUCCUACCCUGGCGCGCCAUCGCCCUGUGCGCCGGCUGGGCCGUGGUCGUGUCCUCGCACCCGGCCGUGGCCAAGGCCCUGCAGGAACAGCAGCAGGCCUACUUCGCACCAGGCGGCGAGGCAGGGCGGCAAGGGGAACGGGCGCAGACGGCGCUGGAGUCGUUCGUGGCGCGUGACAUCAUCCUGGACAGCGCGCCCGAGACGCGCGAGGUCGAGAUCUUCGAGCUGCAGCACCUGGACGCCGGCGGGUCGGGCGAGUGGGAGCCGUGGGUGUUUUCGCCUUCCCCGUACGACCCGCUCUCGCAGGCGCGCAUCACGGGCGAGCGGCCCGCGGGCACGCGCUUCUUCGAGGACGUGCGCGCCCCCGAGGGCUGGGAGUGGAGCGAGAAGAAGUGGGCGCUCGACCUGUGGUCGCGCGAGUGGGUCGAGGAGCGCAUCAUCACGGGCGUCGAGGUCGAGACCGAGGGCGAGCGCUGGGUCUAUGACAUGUAUGACGAGAGCGAGGGCGCCGCCGGCAUGGUGCGGGAGGACGGGCUUGAUGGGGCCCCGGGACAGCUGCUGAGGCGGAAGAACCUCAGCUGGGAGGAGGGCGAGGAGGGCGAGGGCCGGAGGGGCGAGUGGAGGCGGAGGAGGUGGGUGAGGUUGGUUAGUAGGAAGGCUCAGACUGUUGCUGCACAGGUAUAG